AUGGCCCGUCUAAGCAUGUCCAUCUGGGCCGUGGCCUUCUUCCUCGCCGUGUCCGCCCGCGCCCUCCCUGUGCAGCAGGACGACGGCCAGGACCAGAUGAUGGACCCGUGGGUGGAAUUCGAAGCCCAUGCUCUGAGCUCCUCCUCCCACAUGAUGGACGAGAUCAACGAUGACAUCGAUCAAAAGACGAAGGAGCUGCAGGAGGCGCACGACGGCGACCACGGCAAGGACGAGCUCUACGGCACCCAGGGCUCCCACGAGUCCGACAACAAGCAGAAGCUCCCCGAGAUCCCGCCCACGCCCGAGGAGGUCGCCAAGGCCCACCACAAGCAGGACGGUGAGGACGACGACUCCGAGGAGCAGAAGCCGUCCAAGGACAACGACAAGAAGGCUGAUGGGCCUGUCGACGUUCACGUCGAGAAGCCGCAUCAUGAUGAGGAUGCGGAGACUCCUGCUCCCAAGCCCGAGGACAAGCCUGAAGAGAAGCCCAAGGACGAGAAGCCCAAGGAGGAGAAGCCUACUGAGGAGCCCGCCGAAGAGCACAAGGAGGAGAAGCCCCAUUCCGCCAUCCCCUCUCCUACCUCCACCCCGACUCCCACCGUGACGCCCUCGCCCACCGCCGCGGCCGUUCCCACCCCCACGCCAACCAAGAAGGGCCUCCUCGGCAGCCUGCCCAUUGCGGGCAACCUGCUUGGCAAGUUGGGUCUGUAA